GCGGUGGCGGGCGCGGGUUGCGGCGGGCCGGUUUGGGGCGGGCACCGCACGGCGCGGCGCCGGCAUGAGGGAGCCGCUGCCGGGCCCGGGCAUGGAGAGCGACAUCUUGGACGCGCUGGAGGCCCUGGGGUACACGGGUGCCCUGUUGGAGGAGGAGGCUCUGAAAAAAGCAGCAGAAAAUGGAUUGUCUUCACCUGAAUUUUUUGAGCUUUGCAUUUGGUUAGGUUCCCAGAUAAAGUCACUUUGUAAUAUGGAAGAAAGCAUCACUGCAACAGAUGGUGUAAAAGAUAUAGAGAGCUUCCAGCUUGAAAUUAGUGGCUUUCUGAGAGAAAUGGCUUGUCCGUAUUCGUCACUGGUGUCCGGAGACAUCAAAGACAGAUUAAGAGAGAAGGAAGAUUGUCUUAAACUCCUUUUAUUUCUAAGUACAGAACUUCAGGCUUUAAAGAUACUGCAGAGCAAGAAAAUUAAAGGCUCUCACUUGGAAAAGCACAAUGAAAUUAUUCAGGAAGUGCAAGCUAUUUGUGAUGCACUGGGUCUACCAAAUGCCUCAUCUUCUGGUAUUCCUCCCUUGUUAACCAGUGUGGAACAAAAGGUGAAGGACAUUCUCUCAAAAGUUAAAAAUAACCAUGUGGGGAAAUCACUGCUAACAAAACCUCUGAACUCUGACCAAGUGGAAAGAUUGGAAAAAAUCAAUGAUGCUCUUUGUAGUGAGUACGAGUGUCGACGGCGGAUGUUGAUGAAGAGGCUCGAUGUGACUGUGCAGUCUUUUGGCUGGUCUGAUAGAGCAAAGGUAAAAACAGAUGAAAUAGCACGGAUCUAUCAGCCCAAGCGCUAUGCGCUGUCUCCAAAGUCCACCAUUACAUUAGCUCACCUGCUUGCUGCUCGCGAGGAUUUGUCCAAGAUCAUAAGAACAAGUAGUGGGUCCACACGGGAGAAGACAGCCUGUGCUAUCAACAAGGUUCUGAUGGGGAGGGUCCCUGACCGUGGAGGCAGACCAACAGAAAUUGAACCACCUCCUCCUGAAAUGCCUCCAUGGCAAAAAAGACAAGAAGGUGGUGGAAGAGGUGGCUGGGGAGGUGGUGGUGGUGGUGGUGGAAGGGGUAACUGGGGGGGUGGAGGGGGCAGAGGAGGAGGAGGUGGAGGUUUCAGAGGUGGUGGAAGAGGUGGGGGCGGCUACCAGGGUGGGGGCAGCUACCAGGGUGGGGGCGGCUACCAGGGUGGGGGCGGCUACCAGGGUGGGGGCGGCUACCAGGGUGGGGGUGGCUACCAGGGUGGAGGUGGCUACCAGGGUGGGGGCGGCUACCAGGGUGGAGGUGGCUACCAGGGUGGGGGCGGCUACCAGGGUGGAGGUGGCUUCCAAGGUGGCAGGGGAGGUUAUGGUGGCAGGGGAGGCUAUGGUGAUCCAUAUGGUGGAAGGGGAGGGGGAGGAUACCGAAGAUACUAGAGCACUGUACAUCUUAACAGAACAACUGGCAGAAUAUAGUGGUGGUGUUUACUGGUACUAGGAAUUUAGAUUUGUUGACUUGGGUUUAGGUUAGAAUUAAGUAUGACCAUAUGAGUAAUUUCAUUAGACCAACCGAUGUUCUGAGUUCUCUUAGUUAACUGAAGUUUUAUACUGAAAUCUGAUGACUGAAGUCCUUGUUUUUCGUACUGCUUAUAUGGUGUUUUUUAUUAUGUCAUUUUAUUUAAAAUAAGUCUCAUAAAACUGAAUAAAACACUUUGUAAACAAACAAAAAUGUAUUAAUGGUCAGACCUCUCCAGUUAUUGCAUGUUGUAUGUCUACCCUCUUGCUCCAAAAUGUUGUGUAGAUAAAACAAAGUAGGCCUAAGAACUGGAUGAAACCACUUUUAAAAGACUCAAGAAUGCUGCUUUCAGGCUUAUUCUCUUCAUGUCAUUGUUCUUCAAUCAUAGUUUUCAUGAAAAUUAAUUCAUUAAUUCACUCAUGUAAAUGAAUUUUAAUUUCAAAUGUUAAAGUCCUUAAGGCUUUGAUCAAAAUUACUCAAUUAGAUUUGAUUAUUCUUGUAGAACUGCACAUUAUAGUAAUAGUAUGAAUUAAUACUCUGCACAAAUUAAUCAAAUCAGGUUAUUUUUUAUGUUCAUAAUGUAUCAAACACUCUUUAAUGGUCAGAGCAUGUGAUGACUGUAAAGUCAUCAUAGUGAGUUUUGAUUGUGUCUUAUUUUCAUUUUACCUGUUUUCCAUUGUGGAUGUUUCAUGAAAAAAUUUUAAAAUCAGAUUGGGCAGAAAAGCUGCAGCCAUCAUUUCUGGUAUGAAUUCAUGUGUAUAUCCUUGUGUAUCAGCUUUGAGACACAAAAUUUAAAUAAGCUGAGCUUUAUAAGAAAGAACAUGACAUUUCUUCUCAUCUUUUUUACUUUCCCAUUGUUUUUUUUUUAAUUAUUCUAUUCUCCCUUACCUUUUCUCAGUGAUUUCUCUCUCUGCCAACCUAAAAGAAGCCCUGUGUUGACAUGGUAUGGGUGGGUGCCUUGUCCAUUACAUACACUGUUAGUCUAGAAGGAGUUAGCUGCCAUACCAUCAUGGCUGUAAAUAGAUGCAGAGAGGAAUUAAAUUUAGAACUGUCACUUAAAAAGUCAGUUCCUGCUGCCCGAUAUCUUUUAGAUCGCCCAUGUUGUGAGGCCGCUCCUGAAAACAGAGGUAGAAAGGGGGUGCCGCCUGAGUUGGUUCUCAUGACAGCGUUUAUCAGGGUCAGGUCACUACAGAGAGAUUCAGGAAGGCAUCUGAUUAACCUUGUGUGUCAGAUGAUUAAAUAGCACAGCGGUCUUGAAGCACUUGUAAUUGUAGGCAUAACUGCAGGUUGAACUUUUAGAUUUGAUUUUGGAUUUAUGUUCCUCAGUUACAAGUUCUUUCUGCACAAGUUUCCUAUUGGUGUCCAUUGGGACACUUUAAAGAUGUUUGGUUUUUUUUUUACCUUCAUGAACAUACAUAUCAUGUCCUGUUUCAUUGGUAACUUCAUGCAUGAAUGUAAAGUUCUGUUCCAAAUCAAAUUAUCUUUCAAAAGGUUUUCUUCUGUUAUUUCCUCUUUCAUCAGUUUGCUUGAGAAUGCUGCUUCUAAUGUGAUGUGUAUGGCAUUACCGGGGCUUUAGGGUCACAGCAGGUGCCUGAUAAAAAGCAGCAGAAAUUUUGCUUGCUAGAACAUGUUAGCUGGGAUGUGAACUUUUGCAGUAAUGGUUUCAUGUCACCCAACUGCUAGCACUGUAGUUCCUUUGCCAAAUUUUUAUUAUGCCUCUUACUUGCCUAAGCUCUUGGCAGCCUCUGCAGUCAUUAUGGAGAGACACCUCAUGGGUCACAUGGGAGCACAGUACUGGUUCUCUUGAUUCUGAGAUUGGUUUUUGCCUAACGCUCUGCAAUAGCUCCCAAACCAAUGACUUACCAAAUGAGGCUGCUGGCCUUGGAGCAAAGUGUUGCUCAGCAAAGGAGUAGAGAGCAGCUUUUUAACAACCAAAGCUUUAAGAUUAAAUCUUUUUGCUCAUCCCAGUGUUACUUUUUGCUACAGAUAAUCAGCAGUCAAACGUGUGGCUUCAUCAAGGAACUACACUCAGAAAAAAAAAAUGACUUAUCUAUGCCUAAAGGUUUCAUUAGUCUUAGGAUGCAAGAUUGCAGCAGUUUAGUUAGAUUGUUGUAACUGCAGAUGUAGAUGUGCCUUGGUGUUUUACGCUCAUCAGUCUAUCCUGUUAGUAGGCAGGACAGUUCUGAAUGAAGUAAAUCAUCAAGUGAAGCAGAUACAUGCCCACUUCAAUUCUAAGUUAAAUUAUUUCAGUAUCAUAUUUCAGUUAUGUGUAUGUAGACCAUAUAAAAUAUGGAAAUACAAACGGCUGGAGAUUUUCUUUUUUCAUCUGGCCAUGUCAGUUUUUCUUAAAUAACUUGAAAAUGUGAAGCCAGUAGUUAAAAAAUAAAGUAAGCACCACCAUAUUUCAUGGAGGUAUCCUUUGCUGUCCUUUUGUCAGAAUGUAUGCUUUUAAUUUCUUAAACAAUGCAAUAACACCAUGAAAGUAAUUGAUUUAAACCUCAAGUUUUGUCAUGAAAAAAAGUAUUUGCAAAAAUUCUGUUGUAAGUAAAAGAUCUUCAUAUAUAUGUUUGUGAACAUUUUUGUGUUUAUUCGCACUUAAGGAAUACCUAAGUUAAUAUUGUUUCGUUUGUUGAAGAUCUGAAAAAAAAAGGCUGGGGAUUUUUUUCAGGAAUUGAGAGAGACACUCUUGUCAACAGCUGUAAACACUGAGGAAUAAAGUACUGUAUUUGCAAUUA